GCUUUCCUUAACAGCUGACGCAUUGAAAUUAUUUGCCGCGGUUCGAGUUGGAGGCAGGAAGGACUGGGACUAGGAGGAGGCCCCUGAAAGUGAAAGUGAAAGAGGGAAAGGCAGAUCGGAUCUAAAAAGCCAAAGAGCUGUUAUCUAUAGGUGGAUCGAUCGGGAAAAGCAAUGCAGGGAGGAUCGACGGGAAUCGGCUAUGGUCUCAAAUACCAGGCGAGAUGCAUUUCCGACGUCAAAGCAGACACCGACCACACCUCCUUCCUCGCUGCCACUCUCAGUCUCAAAGAAGAAAAUGAGGUGCAUCUCAUUAGGCUUUCUUCGGAUGGUAAUGAAUUGAUUUGCGAGGGUUUGUUUUCACACCCAAAUGAGAUCUGGGACCUCGCUUCUUGCCCUUUUGAUCAGCGCAUUUUCUCUACCGUCUUUUCUUCUGGUGAAUCGUAUGGGGCGGCAGUUUGGCAAAUCCCUGAGCUGUAUGGCCAACUGAAUUCCCCUCAAUUGGAGCGAAUCGCCUCUCUUGAUGGACAUGAUUCCAAGAUUAGAAGUGUGCUUUGGUGGCCAACUGGAAGGCAUGACAAGUUGAUUAGUAUCGACGAGCAGAAUCUUUUACUGUGGAGCCUAGACACUUCAAAGAAGACUGCACAGGUUCAAACUAAAGAAUCCGCUGGGAUGCUUCACUAUCUAUCUGGCGGAGCAUGGGAUCCACAUGAUGUUAAUGCUGUGGCCAUAACCUGUGAUUCAUCUAUCCAGUUUUGGGAUCUGCGAAGCAUGACGAAGACAAAUUCAAUUGAGCAUGCACAUGUCCGUAAUCUUGACUAUGACAUGAAGAAGAAAUAUACACUUGUAACUGCUGAUGAUGAGUCUGGUAUACACAUAUGGGACACACGGAUGUUGAAUUUUCCAUUCCUGGAGCUCCCUGGACAUGCACACUGGACAUGGACUGUUAAGUGUAAUCCUGAGAUUGAAGGCUUGAUUCUGAGUGCUGGAACUGAUUCAGCUGUGAAUUUGUGGCUUGCUUCUCCUCCUAACGGAGAUCAUUUAACGUCUGAAAGCUUGGAGUCACCAACUAGGCAGGUGGAUCCAUUGCUUAAUUCAUACACUGACUAUGAAGACAGCGUCUAUGGCCUCGCUUGGAGCUCUCGACAGCCGUGGAUAUUUGCGUCAUUAUCUUAUGAUGGGAGGGUGGUUGUAGAAUCUGUGAAGUCUCAUCUCCCAAGAAAAUGAAUGAAUCCAGAUGCUGUUUGGGAAGGUCUUCUUGCUUCAACUCCAGAAAACAUCCUUCUAUGGAAGUGUAAUUUUGAUGUUUAAUCUGAUGCGGCUCAUUUCGGCCAUGACAACCUGAGUGUCUUGGAACUCUGCAUUGAUUUGAUUCUGGUAUGGUAUAUCGACCUAUGCAAUAUGCUUGUCUUACCACCCCCUAUAUUUGAUUGUCUGUAGUUGCAGUUACACCUGUUGGAUCGCCUGUAAAAGUGUAGCUGGAUAACUUUUUUUUUAAGUUUCUACUGGGACUAGCCUGUGGGUCUUUUUUAUUCAAUUCGAGAGAAGUUCUAAUGGCUAGAAGAAAUGUUGUAUGUCGUCGUCUUAACGUUCUGGCCAGAUACCGAUCUAUUAUUAGGCGGGAACUGCUUGGAUGAUGGGCCAUCUUUUCCGCUAUCAGUGAGAGAAAUUAAAUACUACUCUUAUAAUUCAUUUCACAGAACCACUCACCCACAGACAGAAAGGAAAAAGAAAGAAAAAUUUUUGCCACGUAGACCUGUAAUAAUAUUUUGCUUGUGAUA